CAUUAUAAAUAUAGAAUCAUGCAACCAUAUGUUUUUCAAUUGUCUUAGUAGUAUUAUCACUAAACUUUCUUCUAAAUUCAACUAUGGCAAGAAAGCUUUCAAAUCUGAAGUUGAAAACCCUGGUUUUUUAUGAUGAUUAUAGUGAUCAUGAAGAUGAAACAAAGGACAUUGGAAAAGAGUUAGACCUUCCCUUAGAGAAACUGAACCUUGGUCCAAAAAAGAAACUCCUUGUGCUUAAUCUUGGAGGGCUGCUGGUUCAUAGAGUGCAUCGUCGCGACUGGUUCACUGUUGAAAGCUACAAACCGGACUUAGUUUGUGGAAAUUUCUCAGUUUUCAAGAGACCAUUUUGUGAUCAAUUUAUGAAGUUUUGCCUCGAAAGAUUUGAAGUCGGACUAUGGUCAUCUGCAAUGGAGAGAAACAUGGAUGCUAUUCUAGACAACAUCAUGGUUGGACUUCGACGAAAGUUGUUAUUUGUAUGGGAUCAAGAAAAAUGCAUUGACAGUGGCUUUAAAUGCUUGGAGAAGAAGGACAAGCCCAUAUUCUUGAAACAACUGAAGAAAAUUUGGGAAAACAAGUAUCAUAUCCUUCCUUUUCGUGGGGGAAAAUUUUCAGAAUCCAACACACUUUUGAUUGAUGAUGAGCCCCACGUAGCUCUACUUAACCCUCCUAAUACAGCGGUUUUCCCUCCUGUUUUCAAAGUUGGAAAAGGCAAAGACACGUUACUUGGUCCUAACGGCGAUCUACGGAAGUUUCUGGAAGGUGUAGCAGAUGCAGAUGAUGUUCCAACGUACGUGAAAGAACAUCCUUUUGGACAACCUGCAAUAACAGCUUCUCAUCCUGAUUGGAAUUACUAUGUUAAGAUAAUUCUCCGUUUUGGCAUAAAAAAGGAAGCUUCUGAAGUUUAGUCGUUGAGAUUUUACUUGAUAUGGGCUAAAACUUAUAUAACUAUGUUUUACUUAAUGUUUCAAGUACAACCUAUUGUCACAAUGUCAAUGAUCUACUACUGUUUGCUACAAUAUGUGAGGAAUGGUUCCCUCACCUAUGCAAUAUAAAUGUCUUUACAGUUUAUAACUA